AUGUCCUGCCAGCAGAACCAGAAGCAGUGUCAGCCUCCUCCCAAAUGCCCCUCUCCCAAGUGCCCCCAGAAGAGCACAGCACAGUGUCUGCCUGCAGCCUCCUCCUGCUGUGCUGCAAGCUCUGGGGGCUGCAGUGUCCCCAGCUCUGAGGGAGGCUGCUGCCUGAGCCACCACAGGCGCAGGUCCCACAGAUGCAGGCGCAGGAGCUCCAGUUCCUGUGACCGAGGCAGUGGUCAGCAGUCUGGGGGCUCAGGAUGUGGCCACAGCUCCGGGAGCUGCUGCUGA